GGAGCGAAGUCAUAUAAACCAUCAAAAUGGCUUUUGUUCGAAUGACGAUCGCGGCCUUCGUUUGCUGCUUGCCAGUGGCAAUGUCUUUCUCUCUCCCCUCCACCUUCCCGUCUAUGUCUCUUGAAAAAUCAAGUGUGGAGGUCUCUGCAUGCAGGGACAUGUCUCGGAGAGCAGCUAUGACAACCUUAGCGUCAGGCCUUGUCACAGCUCUUGGAAGUUCAUCUGUUCUUGCAGCAGAACCAGUGCCUAUUCAAAGCGCUCCAGCUGCACAAACUCCAGAGGAUGUCAAGAAGCAGCUUGAGGAGAUCAGAAAGAAGGAUAAAUCAGGAAAUGUCCCGAGAUGGCAAGCUGAUAUUCGCAAGGCUCAGCAACAAGGGAAGGAAAUCAAAAAGAUGAGGAAGGAUCGGAAGGAGCUUUGCGAAGUCCUUGGCAGAGGCUGCUGAGGUUG